AUGGAGUCUGCCAUAUUGGCCGUAGAGUCUCGGAAGUAUCCGUCUACCAUCUAUCUCGAAUCCAGUUGUAAUUGAGGACAUCAGCGACAAAUAAGAUGGGCAAUCAAUGCCUAAGCCUUUUAAUAAUAACAUGCAUCAUAAUUUGUGUCUUUAACUCGGCACUUGGAGAUGAACACAACCAUCAGUAUGAAGAUGGAGAAGAAAUUGUGUUGUGGAUGAACACUGUUGGCCCAUACCACAACAGACAGGAGACUUAUUCCUUCUUUUCCUUGCCAUUCUGUCCUGGGCCAAAAGAAAGCAUUGGUCAUUACCAUGAAACACUUGGCGAGGCAUUACAGGGCACAGAAUUGGAGUUCAGUGGUCUGGAUAUUGAUUUCAAAGGUGAUAUGAAGAAGACGGAGUACUGCACUGUCACUUUGACUGAGGAGAAAUACCAGGCAUUUGUCUAUGCCGUCAAAAACCACUAUUGGUAUCAGAUGUACAUCGAUGAUUUGCCAAUAUGGGGCAUCGUAGGAGAAAUAGACGAAGGAGGUGACGGCUUUUAUAUUUGGACACACAAAAAGUUUGACUUAGGUCAAAACAACCAUCAGAUUGUUGAUGUGAAUCUAACAAGUGAAUCGAAGAAAAAACUUGUGCUGAACGAGAAAAUAUCAUUUAGCUAUGAGGUAAAAUGGCAUGAUUCCAGUGUUAAAUUUGUCGACAGAUUCGACAAAUAUUUGGAUCCAAACUUCUUCCAACACAGAAUCCACUGGUUCAGUAUCUUCAAUUCCUUCAUGAUGGUCAUCUUUUUGGUGGGCUUAGUUAGUAUGAUCCUGAUGAGAACACUGAGAAAGGAUUAUGCUCGUUACAGCAAGGAAGAAGACUUGGAUGACAUGGAGAAGGAUUUAGGAGAUGAGUAUGGAUGGAAACAAGUCCAUGGAGAUGUGUUUAGGCCAGCCUCUCACUCCAUGUUGUUCUCAGCUCUCAUUGGAUCUGGCUAUCACAUCUCCUGUGUGGCCCUUUGUGUCAUUAUCUUUGCCAUCCUGGGUGACCUAUAUACAGAACGAGGUUCUUUGUUAAGUACUGCCAUAUUUGUGUAUGCUGCAACAUCACCAGUCAAUGGAUACUUUGGAGGGAGUCUGUAUGCCAGAAUGGGAGGUAAAAUAUGGAUCAAGCAGAUGUUGGCAAGUGCUUUCAUGAUGCCAACCCUUGUCUGUGGAACAGCUUUCUUUAUCAACUUUAUCGCAAUAUACUACCAUGCAUCCAGAGCUAUUCCAUUUGGUACCAUGGUGGCUGUGACCUGCAUUUGCAUCUUUGUGAUACUACCAUUGACCUUGGUGGGAACAGUGUUGGGGAGGAAUCUGGCAGGCCAGCCCAACUACCCCUGUCGUAUCAACGCUGUCCCACGGCCAAUACCAGAGAAGAAGUGGUUUAUGGAACCUGCUGUGAUAACCGUGCUUGGGGGAAUUCUGCCAUUUGGCUCUAUAUUCAUCGAGAUGUACUUCAUCUUCACAUCUUUCUGGGCAUACAAAAUAUACUACGUCUAUGGUUUCAUGUUGUUGGUGUUUCUUAUUCUGACUGUUGUAACAGUCUGUGUUACAAUUGUUUGUACUUACUUUUUACUGAAUGCAGAGGACUAUCGCUGGCAAUGGACAAGCUUCCUUGCUGCAGCAUCAACAUCAGGAUAUGUUUAUCUGUACUCGUUUUAUUACUUUUUCUUCAAAACUAAAAUGUAUGGCUUGUUUCAAACAACAUUUUACUUUGGAUACAUGGCCCUAUUUAGUUUAGCUCUUGGAGUUAUGUGUGGUACUUUUGGGUAUAUUGGAACUAGCUUCUUUGUGAGGAAAAUCUACUCAACUGUGAAAAUAGACUAAUGUCACUUUCUUGUUAGAAGGUAUCUGGCUUAAUAUACGAUGUGGGUCAUUUGACCUUGUCAACAGCUGAUGUGAUACGGUGUGUGACCGACAAGAAUGCAUGAUGUAGGUGGCUGUGAAUAAUGAGGAUCUGACCAACUGUUAUGUAUUAUUGUGUUAAAGAGUGGAUGAGUGGAGAACAUGACUAUUUCACAGUUUUUACAUUGAAAAGUGAUAUGUAAUGAUGCAAGUAAUUUCAUUUGGUAAAUCCAACCGUGUUCUGUAAUGGUAAAUCGACAGGUGGUAAUUUUUACAUGUGCUGUUGGUUAUCUGGUAUGUGAUUGCCAGAACAUGGAUUUGAUGACUGUCAAUUUUUUAGAAGACAGAAUGAACGGAUGUCUGGGGAAAUAGGAUUUUUUUAGAUUUAAAAAACAAAAGAAAGGAAAUACAGAACCAAGCUAGGAAAAAAUUAGAUCUGACUUCCUUCAAAAUUCUAUAAUUACCAUGAAAUUACAUCAGUUGUACAUGCAGGUGCGACAAUAAAAAUGCUUUAUAUUUUACAAAGAUUGUGUUUGGAAGUUGAUGUAUUGAGAAUGCUGUGUUGUUAUUUUGAACUUUAUGGAAGACUGCUUUUUAAGUGUUUUACUAUGACAAUAUCAUCACAGAAAAAUUGGUAUUGAACUCGUUACCAAAAUGAUUAGAGACCAUGAGCGAUAGACAUAUUUAACAUAUUAAUUUAUACCUGUAAGAUUUUAGCUGUAUGUUGGUUUUAAUUGUAACCAGCCUUAUGUAGUUACUAACAUUCAAGAAUACCUUGUGAUGAUGGAAGUGUAAGACAUAUGUACAUUCAUUAUUGGAGUGCUUGUUACACGAUACUGUUGUUGUGAAAUGUUAAAUUAUUUCUUCAAAGUUUAUGUCAGGAGUAUGAAGUUUCUGUAUUUGCUUGGUGAGAGAAUGUAGAUAUAUUCCAGAAUUAUGAAUGAUAAUUGAAUAUGUACCAGUGACUAUAACAUUUCCAGUGUGUUCUGUAUUGUUUUUGGGGAAUACUUACAUUAAAGUAUGGGAGACAUAACUUUAAAAGUUAUUAUAGUACGCUGUACAUAUUGCGAGUUAGCAGUCACAGAAGAUGCCAUUUUAUUGCAUUUUAUUAAUUUGUCAUAGGAGCCGGGUAGCCUAUAUGUUGACCCUAUAUCUACUGAUAGUGAUACACCGGCUACGUUAGAGGUAUCAUCGUCACAACUUCAGUCAAGAUGGCAAUACUUAUAACUGUAAAGUACAUGGCUCUGAGGAUUCUUAAAUAGUUUGUAUUUCAUGUGGGGGUCAUUUCUUCUCAUUGGUUCAUGAUUUCAUUGAUGUCAUUGAUUUCCAGUUUCCUAUCUAUAUAGUGGUAGAAUUAAUUUGUACAUAUGUAAGAUAAAAACCAAGAAUGUGGAAUAAAACACCACGAAAACAAGACAAUCUUAUUUUGUUUGUGUGCUUGACGUGUAGCCUUGUUGUCAGGUAUGAAGUACCAUUUGCUACAGAUGAUAUAGGAAUUACAUCAUCGGCAAAUAGAUAUUGAUCUUGGUAAUUUUUACACACCGAAAAUGUUGUAAAUUGAUUCUUCGAAAUGACAUUGUAUUUAAAUGCAAGCAUCAGAAAAAUAUAAGAAAUUGGGAGUAUUCUGUUUAUCAAUAAAGAAUUAAAACACCUGCA